AUGCAGCAGGGAACGACCAGGGAACAGGCAGGGGACGAGCAGGGGAGGGCAGGAAGCGGGCGGGCUACAGCUGCAGCGCGCAGGGGCGCGAUCGGCGCGUCGGGCUUCGAUCAUAGUUUAGCUUCUUGCUUCUAUCUACAGUCCGAUCAGAUGAGAUAG